AUUCUACCAAAAACUAGAGAGAAAUCAUGAGAGAGAGCUCUCUGAAAUCUCCGGUGAAGUGACGGCCGCUCCUGAAGCUAACGGUAGAGGUGGACGACGGAGUUCUGGACGAAGUAUCAAACCAGAAGUUCCCGAUCAGGGUUGUUAUUCCGCUAAGACAUCACAAUCAUCCGAUCCGCUUAAUCACAAUGCCUUCGCGACACACUAGACUUUCGGGCGGACGACUGUGGGGUUUUUCGUCAAACGCUGGACCAAGCAACAUGUACGGGAAUAGUGGUGAUAGUUCUGACGAUUCAGUGAUUCCGUCGGAACAUGUGAGACAGAUGUUGGAAGGAUCGGAAUCGGAGUCUUUCAUGGCUACGAGCCCUUCGGUGACUUCGGUUGAAUCCAUUUCUACGAGAGAAAUAGUAGGUUCGGAUAGUUCAUUCGAGUCGGAUCCAUUAGAAGAUCCUGAGGAGUUUGAGGAUAUCGUCAAGACGAGUGUGGAGUCUGACGAAGUUGUGCCUCUAGUGGAUUUGGGAGGAAACACUGGAAGUGUUCCAGUCUCGGAUUUUGUGGUAAUUUCUGACGAUUCUGUGGAGGAUUUUUCGGACGAGUUUGAGGAGUCUGAGGAACAGAUAGCGACUGGAUAUCUCUACGGAGAUGUGGACGCACCUAUGUGGGAAGGUCCAGAUGGGGUCUUGUACGAGUUGACUUCAGGCGAAUCGGGACAGCCGGCAGUUUAUGCGAAUUCUCACCCGCCGUCGCCGGACAGUUGGUCAACACUUGGAUCGUUCGGCUCAUUGUCUCUUGAGCCAGAUUUUGCUUUCUCCGACUUAUCAUCGGAGGAAACUAAUUCGCGAGGUUCAGACUGCGUGGUGUUUUUGCCGACGGAAUAUGGGAUUCCAAGGCAAGCUUUGGCUUGCAACAUGGUGGCACCGAGUGAAGUGUUCGCUACACCGCCUGGUCCGUCGUCUCCGGAUUUUGUUAAGGUAUCAUCGGAUGAUGAGUUAGCUAAUGCUGAAGAAUCGGGAACGGAGUUGCCAAUCCCUAACUUCGUGAAGGCUGAAUCGCUUAGGGUGUCUACCCCGCCAAUAAAGUUUGCGACCCGAACUUGGUAUCCUGGUUAUCAUGGUGAAGAAGGUGUUGAGUCGUCCCAUGCGAAUCUUGAGAACCAUGUUGGCGAUCAAGAAGUGCCAGACGUAACGGCUAAUUGCGAGACUUUGUUCGCUAAUUCUCCGCGUGUUGAAAAACUUGGAGUGUUGUUUCCUCCGAACGAAACGCUUUACGAACCAACUCUUGGUUCGAGUUCCUUGGAUGCUAUGAUCCAGAAUAUGAUAGCUGUUGGAACCCUUGGUGUUGAACCGAUCCGACCACCCGAAGGUAUGCCCGUUUGGAAUGAAAGGAUGAGGAGAUCCGCGGAUGGAACCGUUGUGACUGAGUUGGAGCGUGAGGAUGGACGUAGGUCCGAACCUUAUAGUGUGACGCCGUUUUGCUUCACUUGCGGCCAAGAUGGUCAUUAUCCGAGAACUGUCCUUAUGUUCGUCACUAUCAUCCCUAUGCUCGCCCGUACGUUGUCUGUUUCGAGUGUGGUGAUAAGGGUCACUAUGCAAGCGUUUGUCCCAGGAAGUAUCCCGAGAAUCCCGGUCCGUCAAGUCCAAGUCCAAGUGCGUCCGCGAGGAAGUCGAAGGGAAACCUUAGUACUUACUAGGAUUUUCUCUAAACCUUCAACAGUUAAGUCCAGACGAGGUAAGUAAGGGCUCUAACCCAUUGUAUGAUUUCGUGUUGCAUGUUAGCAUCAUUUGCAUUUAAUUGUUUCUCUUUUCGGCUUGUAACCGCUUGGCGGAGCGUAUGACUAAGUGUUUAGCGGUCAUAAUCCGCGGUUGUAAUGAAAGGGUAUGUGUAAA